AUGAAUAGUGAAAAUUCUGAAUUGAUUUUAACCAAAAAUGAAAAACUUUCUCUUGACGAAUUAUUACAUGAAAAAGGAUUAUCAAACUACGAUGUAAUUAUUGAGGCAGGUUCACAAAAAGGUGACAACUUCAUGGGCAAAAUUGCUCGCAUAAUAAUUAAAACUACAACGACUCCUGAAUUAAAACUAAUCCUAAAGUGUUCAAUUCGCAAUGGAGAAUUUCGUACAAUUUUUCCACAUAAUCGAAUGUUUCAACGUGAAAUAUUUAUGUAUACGAAAUACUUACCAGAAUUGUAUAAAAUCCAGUGCACUAAUCAAUUACAAAAUGGUUUAAUGCCUGUUCCACAUGUUCAUAAAUAUUCAUGGAAAGAUUGUAAUGAAUUUAUUUUAAUGGACGAUAUGAAACACCAUGGAUAUGAGAUGUUAGAUCGACGAAAGUAUUUAAACAUGGAUCAUUGUAAAUUAGUUUUACAUCAAUUAGCACAUUUUCAUGGGUUAGGCUUUGUCAUGAAACAUACACAACCGCAAUUAUUUGAAAAAUGGUCUUCGGAUAAACAAACUAAUAUGAUUGCUUCCAAUUUACUACGAAAUACAUCAUAUGAACAGAAACUUAUGGAAAUGUUUACACGUGCAUCCUUAGCAUUGGAUCCAUUCACAGAUGAAGAUAUUUUACGGAAAUUCUUGGCUUAUAAAAACUCGAUGUUGAAAAAUUUGAUGGAUUUAGAAGAUCCAGAACAAAAAGAUAAUUAUUGUGUAUUUGUUCAUAAUGAUUGUUGGAUAAAUAAUUUAUUAUUUCAAUACGAGAAUUCAUCGAAAAUAAUUCCAAAAAAAUUAUGUCUUAUCGAUUGGCAAAUUUCAAAUAUUAAUUCACCAAUCAAAGAUGUUUCCUAUUUUCUGUAUCAGUCAACAGAUCCAAACCUUUUAACUGAAAAUUUUUCUAAAUUAAUGGAUUAUUACUAUGAACAAUUAACAGAAUGUAUAGAAAAAUGUCAUUUGAGCAUUGAAACUGUUUAUCCAUAUGACAUAUUUGAAAAGCAUUUAAAACGUUACAUGCGUCAUGGAGUCCAUUAUAUGAUUAUAACAGGGGCUUUACAUCUAAGUAAUGAAGAUGAAAUACCUAAUCAUACAAUGAACAUGGAUAAAGAUCGGUUUACAGAGGAUACACUCAAUAUACGAAGUAAAAAUGACCAGCUUUAUAAUUUACGAAUACGUGGUGUUAUUAAGCAUGCAAUUUUAAAUAAUUUCUUAUAA